CUGAUGGCUGCACACAGAGGGGCAGUAGCUGAGCCCCCCCUGACAGGGCUGGUAAUGAGCUGCUGCUGAGGUUAAUGGAGAGACUCAGCAGAUAACCGGGGAUGAGGACAUGAAAGAGAAGUGAUUGUGAGAGAACAGAGAGGCGUUAUCUGCAAAGGGUGUCAGGAAGAGGGUAGGGACAUACAGAGGGGGAAGCAGGGAGCUGCAGCCAGUGAAUGAGAGACAUAGGAGGAGACUGCAGGGACAGAGCAUGUGUAACAGAGUCCAGUAACCAGGGACAACCACACAAGCAGCACAGACACUGCCUGCACAGUAAGCAGAGAAGGAGCAUCAAGCAGAGAGGCCACAGUGUGCAGCAAGCAGAGGGGGUGCAGAAAGGAGAGGCCACAGUGUGCAGCAAGCAGAGGGGGUUCAGAGCGGCUAGAGGCCCAGUGGGCAGCAGUGUGCAGGCAGCAGAGAGGGAGCAGUGAGCAGGCAGCAGAGAGGGAGCAGUGAGCAGGCAGCAGAGAGGGAGCAGUGAGCAGGCAGCAGAGAGGGAGCAGUGGGCAGGCAGCAGAGAGGGAGCAGUGGGCAGGCAGCAGAGAGGGAGCAGUGUGCAGGCAGCAGAGAGGAAGCAGAGGCCGCAGGCAGCUCAGGGGCCUCCACCAUUGUCGGCACCGAGGAGAGAGGCGGAAACCUGAGCUGCAGGAGCCACAUCUCCCUCCCAUACACACACAGACGACUUCGGGGAGGCUGCAGGAAGCGCCUCGUCUGCCCGGGGACAUCUGGAGGCUGCGAUUCAUGAAUUAAUCAUCAGGCUCCGAGACAAUGGGCAAAUCCAACAGCAAACUGAAGCCGGAGGUGGUGGAGGAGCUGACCAGGAAGACCUACUUUACAGAGAAGGAAGUGCAGCAGUGGUACAAAGGCUUUAUCAAGGACUGUCCUAGUGGUCAGCUGGACGCCACCGGAUUCCAGAAGAUUUAUAAGCAAUUCUUCCCAUUUGGAGACCCCACAAAAUUUGCCACUUUCGUCUUUAAUGUUUUUGAUGAGAACAAAGAUGGGAGGAUUGAGUUUGCGGAGUUUAUCCAGGCCUUGUCGGUGACUUCACGUGGGACGCUGGAUGAGAAGCUGAGAUGGGCCUUUAAGCUGUAUGACCUGGACAAUGACGGCUACAUCACACGGAACGAGAUGCUGGACAUAGUGGACGCCAUUUAUCAGAUGGUGGGGAACACGGUAGAGCUUCCCGAGGAGGAGAACACCCCAGAGAAGAGAGUAGAUCGGAUUUUUGCAAUGAUGGACAAGAACUCAGACGGUAAACUCACCCUGCAAGAAUUCCAAGAAGGAUCAAAGGCAGACCCUUCAAUUGUGCAAGCGCUGUCACUAUAUGACGGGCUGGUAUAGAGACCACCGACCACAACUGUGUAUGCCCUGGGUAAUAGUAUUGUUCCUGUGCCACCAGACCAAUGUCAGCAGCUUAUCUCCCUCUUACCAAUCACUCCCAUACAGUGCAAAGACGAGGACGCCCAUUAUUUUUGACAUGCCCUUUUCUCCCCUGAUCACCUUCACUCGGCACUGGCGACCUGCAGGUGGCGCUGCGGCAUCUGCCUGUGCACCCCGGUACCUGACAUGCAUCCGUUUUUACAGCGUCCCAUCUCCUUCUUGCUGCUUCUUGUGUUAUCUUGCACUCGGAGAGGAUUGCUUAUUCACAAGGAAGAGCUCGCCCAAAUCUCCAGCACCAGGGGCCCCAGGACCUUCACUUUUUGGAGGGCCACAACUCCUCAAACUGUCCCUUCUGCAGAGGAGCAUUACCUCUAGAGGCAGAAGGGGAGGAUUGUAAGAGACUGCGAUGAGGCCUUCCCGCUCCUACAGUAUUUAAGAGACUUUUUGGAAGAGGGAUCUCAGAGGAGGGGGUCGGGCCUGCGCCCGUGUGCUGCCCCCCGCAAUGAACGGCACGCAAUGGGUCAUUUACAUGAUGCUGAAUUGUGCUUUUUUUGUGAAUACGUGAUGAUUUUUUUAUAAUAUAUAUAUAUAUAGCA